AUGCUGAUGAUGGCAUUCGAAGUAUUCAAGAAUGCCAGCGUGGUGUUGACAGAAGACACGGACAAGUUCAUGGUUGGACAGAGGGUGUAUGUUGGUGGGACGAAGCCUGGGAGGAUCAUGUUUAUCGGGGAAGUCAAGUUCGCCCCAGGGGAAUUUGCUGGGGUUGUUUUGGACGACCCUGUUGGGAAGAAUGACGGGACCGUCGGUGGCUACACCUACUUCCAGUGUGCCAAGAACCAUGGGGUUUUCUCCAGACUGACGAGGCUGACUUUCGACAUGCUUUCUUCGUCGCAGUUGGCUGAAAAGGCUGCUCAGAGUGCCCAAGAACUCGGUUCUCCUCCGAGGCAGGCCAGCCCAUCGCCGUCCGAUCGCAGCCUGAGUCAGCUUGGAGAGCUGAAACUCGGGGACAGGGUCAUGGUGUCUUCCUCUACCAGUGGAACAAAGAUGGGGAUCCUCAAGUACCUUGGGGCGACGGAGUUUCAGCCUGGUGACUGGGCCGGCAUUGAGUUGGAUGAGCCUGCAGGGAAGAAUGACGGAGCUGUUGCUGGCACGAGAUAUUUCGAGUGUAAGCCGAAGCACGGGUUGUUCGCACCCGUGAACAAGGUGGGCAAAUCACCGUACCAACGACGUAUGUCCAGUAAUGUCUCAAGAGGAGGACAAAGAAGAGGUUCUCAGGACUCGUUAAGCUCUUUGUCGACCACUUCUUCUGCCAAGGGGUUUGGUGCCGGGCUUCCUAGACGGUCUGUUACUGGCAGAACUGGAAUUCCGAUCACCGGGGCCACCGCGUUUCAGGAAACCAUCAAGGAGAAGGAGGUGCACAUUGAGCAGCUCCUGCGGGAGAAGGACUUGGAACGUGCCGACCUUGCAAGAGCCGUUGCGAAAGCCGAAGAUGUCAAUGUCAGGUACUUGGAAGCCAUUCGGAGACUUGAGCAGAGCGAAGAAGCAUUGCACGUUUUAAGAAAACAAGCGGAAGCACUGAAAAGGGACUUCGAAGAUGAACGACGAAAGAAUGAGGACCUGGAAUUCCGACUGGAAGAACAGUCUUUGAUGAUGGAGGAAUUUAAGGUAGCAAAGCAGACUUUAAACUCUGUUGAAACUGGGAGUACUACAAGCAUGUCUUGUUUAGAUGUCGUUGUUGUUAAUGGGGAGAGUAGUCCAAAGCACAUGCCAAUGGCCGUGGAUGAAGACAAGGAGGAUUUGCUGAGGAAACGAGAACUAGAGAUUUACGAGCUUCAGGAGGCCAACAUGGUGAAGGAGAUGGAGAUUGCCACACUAGCUACGAAGGUUGAAGAGUUGGAGCAGAGAACCAUUCCUCAAGUCACCCAGGAUAAUUCCGAAGAAAUUCUGAUCCUGAAGACCCUCUGCAAAGAUAAAGAAGUGGUUGUGGAUGCUUUGAAUGAUCAAAUAGCAGUGCUCCAGGCAGAAAUCCAUGCCAACCGAAGCCAAAAAAAUGCCGUCGGGACGGACGUUGCGAGAUUCCAAGCGUUGUCGUCGGAAAAUGAAGCCUUGAAGCUGGAAUGCAUCUCCAAAAAUGAACAGAUCGAGGAAUUUUCGCGGAAGUUGGAAAAACUGGAGCUCGGUUCAGACGCUUUAGCUAGACUUUUGCAAGAAAACGAGUCGCUGAAAGCGGCAAAUAAAGAGAAAGAAGUCAUGUUGGAUACCCUGAAGCGGCAGGUUUUGAUGUUGGAGCAGAAUUUCUCUCAGUACCAACAAGAGCUCAAAGAUCGCGUUAUUGAAGGAAAUCAAGACCGGGUUGCUAUGGAACAACUCCGGCAUGAUCUGGGGUUGGCGCAAAAUCGAUUGACGGAGGUUGAGUGGAAGCUGAAGACUUCCGAGGAGGAAAAGGCUGAUUUAGCACACGAGCUUUCACAGUCCGAGUCCGCUCUUUCUGCUCUGCAAAAGUCUAAAAGCCAGGAGGAAGAGAAGAGGAGAUUACUGGAAAGCAACCUGGAGAUGUUGAAGAGAGAUUUGACCAAGUCGAGAGCAGCUCAUUUGGAGUCGAAGAGGGACCAGGAGGCACCAUGCUCAGAGAAUCAGCUUGGGGGAACGGAUUUCCUGAAUGCCAUUAUUGUGGACCUGAAGAGACGGAACCAAGAGCUGGAAAUCAAGUUGAGUGCCCUCAUGGCUGACCCUGGUGCUUUGGCUGCAAGGAUGAUGCCCGCGGAAAAGGUGGAGCUGGUGUGUACAGUUUGCAAAGCAGUGGGCAGCCAUGAUGCCAGUGGGUGUCCACUGAGAGCUGACGUGGAGAUGGCAGAGCUUGUGGCGGAACAGAGGAAGCUAGGGCGGAGAAAUGCCGAUGAUUCGGAUGAUCUGGUUUUGGCCACGUCAACACUGAAUGCCCACAGCAAGAAACAUUUUGAGCCCCAGGAACGUGCUUGAUGCGCAUGUGAGCUGAAGUUGCAAUUUUUGAGAAUGCGAGAGCUUUUUAGUUUUAUCCGAUUCGAGAGUACUGUACUACUUUUUUGAUUGAAUAGUUGUUGCAUUUGGAUAUCAUGUGCCAAGGUGGAAUUUUGGCGGAUCCGAGUUUUGUUUACGAGCUCAUAUUUUUUUGUUGGUAACGUGCCCAGUGAUUGAUUUCAUAUUGACAUUACAAGAUUAAAUAGUCUGUUUAUUUUGAUGGGAAAAUAGCGACAGUGGCAGUUUUUCGGAUCGUGUCGUGAGGAGGGAUUACAAUCGCAUCGAGGCUGUUGAUUUCCGCAAAGUUAUCCAUAUCAUUUCCUGCGUAAUAUAUUCCAUUUCUUGUUCCGCCAGGCU